AAUACUGCUGUUGUCACUGCUCCUCUCGUCAUUGUUCCUGAGCUUCUGAAGAACCUCACAAAAAGACAACAAUAACAGCUUAUUAGAUAUACUGGAGAGAUUCGACUGAAUCAAGAUGCUGCUGAUGAUUGAAGCUCUUCUUCUCAUUUCAGCUACUCUACAGGAUCACAGAGCUUCUGCCACUGAUGGACAGAUAUUUCCAUUGGAUAUGGCUCUAGAUUCUGUUGAUGACCUUUAUGUCGGUUGCAAAAAGAGCAUGGCUUGUCUGGUUGAAAGAGUAUUGCUAGAGAAUGAACUCAAUAACUCAUUUAAAUUCAGAACAGUUUGGAAGGAUGCUCUAAAUAAUUAUGAGCUUCCAGAAGAUGAAUUGAAAAUGUUCCAUUCAGUUGCCAUUUAUGUGUACACUAACUCACGUUAUGAUCUAUAUCAGGAUUUUAAUAAUGCUGUCCGUAGUGAUCAACAAAAAUACAAAGACAAGACAUAUACAUGGUAUACACUUCAGUUUUUGCUAACAGAAGCAAUACAGAUUCUGAAGGAAACACAAAAUGGAUGCAAGUCAACUUAUCGUGGAACAAACGCUGAAUUCAAUAAGAAUGUUCUGAACAAACAGGUUCGUUUUGGC